AUGCUUUUGGCGCUCCUGGUAAGUGCCAGUUAUGCACUGGACAAAUGCGUCAAUCCGCUUGAAAAUGGAGAAUGGGACAUUGUGACUAUUUCCCGGGCGAAAGGUGGACUUGGAUUUACCGCAUUUGGUGCUACUUAUGUGAAAUUCCACACAAAGUCAAAAAAGACUCCGCUUCGAAUAACACAUGGCAACUCGCCACAAGAGCUGAAACAGAAUAGACCUGGACUAAUGAGAAGCUUUUGGGAAGCGCUCUUCUCAGAUCCGCAAACUGAGAUUAGCCUUGAGAUUGAUCCGACUAAUGAUCACUAUUUCUCCGUCCAAAAAAUGAAGAACUUGUUUCAAACAAAUGAGCAACUGUGCUACAAAGCAGGCUUCUCGCUAUUAUCUUUUUGGCGAGUUGCUCCGUUGAUCAUCGGAUUGGGGAUCUUCUUCAAAGCGCGUUCGGUCACUGAACAGAUCGCGUUCCACUAUGCCAGUGGAAUCUCGAUGGGAGUUGUCAUGUUCGCAAUCGGUCUUCUAUUUGUGGUUACAAAAAUCAUGAUUCCCAAGCGAGGGAUGGUUUCUUUUUGGGGAAUCUUUCUUGGCGGAUCGACUUUUGUCACUUACUUUAUGUCCAAAUUCUACGUGCAGGCGUAUGAGCUGAUUGAGACGUAUCCCAUUGUUGUCAUGGCAUACGUAAUCAUCGCAGCAUCGUUGUCAUUCGCAGCUUGUUAUUGGUAUGAAGAUAGUUUGAGACAUCCGAGAUAUCAGAAACUUUCAUGUUGGUUUCUGCAAUUUAUUGGAGUGAUGCUCAUUGUGAUAUCCUCUUGGAACAUCAAGCUCAAUAUUCUUAUCGGCACCGUUGUUCUUGUCAGAGAAUUGAUGAAAUACGGUCGUAGACAUGGAACUUUUACUCAAAACGUUGCCUACAACAAAUCACCUUCUCACGUCAAAUCACGUCUCAACACUACCCAGUUUUCACAGUCACCACCUUCCACGCCAAAGUUCAAUGCUACAAAAUCCAUGCCGAGUACGCCACUAACUCCAAAUUUCUUUUCGCCCAUCGCUAAUCUUCGAAAACUGCCCAUGCGAUUUGGAUUUAUGCGCAACAGUGAGGAAAACACAACGCCAGAGAAGAAGUUUCUCACGAUGGCUGAAUAUGAGGAGCAAGGCGAGAAAGAGACGAAUAACGCGAUUGAAGCGCUAAAAGAGAGUAUCCAAAAUUCGCCAAAUCCUUGGAAAGUUCUAUCCAAGUUGAGUAAGGAUACGCAAUCGAAGCUGAUCAACUUCAUGGACACAGGAGAUCAUCUUGCGAAAGACUCUGAAGAGCUCUUCAAUGACAUAACUGACAGCGAAGAUGAGGAAGAUUCAGCUGAGGAGCAGAGACAACAAAGUCGUCUUACUCAGCCAACUUUUAGCUCCCUCAACAAGAGCUAUCAAAAGUUUUCAAACAUGACAUUUUAUCAAAAGAUUCAUCAAAACUCGCCAAAGCGAAUCAUUCACCGAGCGAGCUACGGGGCUGAGCAGCGCACUACCAGCUUCAAUGGCACUUCGAAAAUUCCACAGCAAAAACGAUGGCGAUAA